AUGGCCGAGCAGAACAUCACGGAGCUGGUCUUGUGGCAGCACGCAGACAGCCUGGACCAGGCAGGCGUGCAGGCAGAGCUGGCAGAGCUUCAAGCGGCGCUGCAGAGGGUGCCAGGUGUGUCCACAUCGGCGCUUGAAGAUCUUUGGCAGCGACAGCGGCAGCGUGCUCAGGAGCUCUGUGAUCGCCAGACCGCGCGCACGAGGGUGGUCCAAGUGGAGGAGCAGCAGCCUGGUGUCGCACAGCAUACCCGCCAUUUUCACGAUUCUUGCAUAUAUGUCACGAUGUGUCAUGCAAAGUUGCAGGGAUUCGUAGAGUGCAAUGUUAGAGUGAGAUGCGGUGUCUUCCGACCUGCUUUCAGGUUCGCGGAGCCCUACACGGACCAGGAGGCAUACCAGGAACAGGAGCCUUACACCGAGCAGGAGCGCUACACAGAGCAAGUGCCCUACACGGAACAGGAGGCUUACGAGGAGAAUGAGCCCUACACCGUAACGGAGUAUCAGGACGUGCAGGUGGAAGAGCAGAGAACCAAGAGACGAGGCGGACUCGCUGGGGCUUUGGGCCAAAGGAAGACGUACACGGUCCAGGUCACCAAGAGAGUUCCCGUCCAGGUGCAGAGGCAGAGGCCCGUGACGCGCCAGCGUGAAGUGACGCGUUACCGAGCCGAAGAGCGCACUCGGCCCGUGACGAAGUACCGUGCGGUCACCAGGCAGAGAGAUGUGACCCGCUACCGCACCGCAACGCGCACCGUGGACCGCCCGGUCGAGUACUUCCUGCCAGUGGAGGACUUCCACCAGCCAGCCCUGGAAGAGAUCCUCGCCGAGGUCCGCGCUGAGUUCCGCGGUGGCCAGUGA